AUGGCGAAGCUUCGCAGCUUCAUCUUCUUUCUGAUGAGAUCAGCCGUCGCCAAUACGAAUCUCGCCGCGUUCUGUCACUCUGCUGUUGAGCCAUCGUUGACCUCACUCUCGGAUGAAGGAUAUUUGCAGACUCUCGCAACGACUUCAGCUCCCCAGGAGUCUGAGACCGCUUCGGCCGGAGAAGUCGCGCUAGAAGAGCAGGCAAGCCAGCUGCAGGAUGAUAUAUCGCUCCACCAGAUGUGGGCGAGGCAAAACCUGACGCCACCCGCCGAAGCGUCAAUCCAAGUCACCACCGUCACUGUUGUCCGGACGGUGACUGUCGAGCUUGCUAGCCGAACCGAAGUGAUCUGGGCGCCUCUUCAGCAGACCUUGACUUUCAUCAAUCCCACCCUGGUCUUCGAGACGAAUAUCGUUACCGCGUCGCAACCUCGAAAUAUUGCAGUGAGAGAUGCGGCAGACGCCAUCGCAUCGGAUCAAACGGCGAUUUUCGAAAUAUCCUCGAUCGACACGCACUACCAUGAAGGUGCUGGCCUCUCAUCGCACCCGGCUCCUGUUCGGAGGCAGAUCCCAGGUUCAAUCAAUAGGGCUUCCGUAGUCACCAUCGAGAUCACGACCACAGUAGUGGCGAGCGGCACCAUCGUCCACACUGUCACCAUCUUCGAACCCAUAUUCGUUUCUGUGACGAAGACGCCCAUUCUGACGUCGACGAUCUUUACAACCACGACCCUUCCCAUUGAUGAUGGAGUUUCCACCUCACCUGCGAUUGCAACAUCUCCACGGGCCACUCAGAAGGCCAUCUCCAGCGAUGGCGCUCAGCAGACAGCAUCGCUCACAGGCCCCGAAUCUCCUUCUGUCACGACAACGACGCCAAAACCCCUUGAGCCCCAAGAGCCUUCGGUCGCCCCCAGCACCUUGGACGCGCCUGAGAGCAGUCGAAUCCGCUCAGAACCCGAUACUCCUCGCAGUACCUUUACAUCAUCCUCAGUACUUCCAACUCCAUCGCGGGUGACCAAUGACGGUACUUCAGCAAGGCUUUGGCCCGAAACGAGCAGUAGUUCCUCUUUUAGAUCAACUCUGACGAAGGCUGUUCCACCCUUUACGGAAACUCUUCUUCCUCCGACUGAGCGCAUUGCCAGGCCAUCCUUGAGUCCUGGAGUAAUUGCAGGGGUCGCUGUAGGCGCAACCUUUGCUCUCACAGCUCUGAUCCUGCUAUUGCUCUGCAUACGUCGACAAAGGUCCAAACGCAGGCGACAUCUCCAUUUGAACGAAGACGACCGUGACACGACAUCUGCCAUAGCUGCUACCGCUAUGAAUAAUCAACCGAUGUCUAACGCUCUAGUUUACGAUGGACCUUGUCAAACCCCGCAAACCGAAGGCAGCAGUGGCAAAAGCUCCGAAGAAGAGCAGGUGCGAGUUGUCAUUCAGCCCGUCCACAAGAAAAGAAGCAUGAGCAGCGUGCUCUCGGCCUUGCCAAAGGUCUGGCCUCGACCACCGGGAUAUACUGGUAAGGCGUACAGCUUUUCUGCAGGCGGGAGCGGCGAAACGACUCCAAGAGAGGCUGUAGGAUGGAGCGUUGAGAGUGAGUAUGGAAGCUCGGGCAAUCUGGAUGGAUCGCGAAGUGGAGGAUAUGAGGAAGCCAUUGCCUCGAAAGGGCCGGCAGCAACCCACUCCAGAGCAAAUGACAGAUGCGAGACGGGUUGGAUCAGAUGA